AUGUCGAUUGAUUUAAGGGAUACAUCACCGCCCAAUAGGGCCUUUUACAAAUGCUUCCAGAACUAUUAUCACUGUCAUACUUACCUCGAUCUAUUCCCCAGGUACUACACCGAUGUUCGCUCCAGCGUCAAUCAUUGGCAGUUGCGGGAUAUGCUUCAGGUAGACCCCUACCGGGGGGAAGUUCUCUUUGCGAAAGAAGAUAAAAUCAUGUCCAUCAAUAUAGCGGACGACUCUGAUGAGACAAGAUUCCAUUCCAAGGAUGAGUUGUCGUUGGACUACCUACCUAAAUGCUUUCAUCUGACAAACGGCGGAUUUAUGGUCACUGGUGGCCUCAUGACCCCCACAUCCAAAUUCAAAUCAAAUGGCAUUCCUCACUUAACCCAAGGCUCAGCUUCGUUCUCCUCUGCAGCACCACUUCAACAAACAUCUUCUACAUCUCCCUUGUCAUCACACACACAGUUGCUGCCACUGACACUCACUCAAUCUACAAUAGGUGCUGGCCAAGAGACCUUGUUCAAUGAGUAUUUACCAUCAAAAAGCUCUCCAAUCUCACCCUUAGUAAAUCUGGAUGGGAAUCGUGUGUCUAAAGCGGGCUCAGCCAGAAAGUAUAACAUUACUUCAUACUCAUCCAGAUCUUCUAAAGGGAUUCUUUCUUUCUAUAAUCCGGAGCUGAAAGAGUCUCACACUGUGGCCCUUGGUGGAAUGAUCAACAAUGCCGUUACCAUCUAUCAGAACUCGCUGCUGAGUUACACUUCUUAUAUCUGCAAUAACGAUUCAAACUUGUAUGUUGUUGAUAUCGAUCAGUCAAGAAAACUUACCCUUGAUCGUACCAUUAAUUGUGAAUUGAACACAUCGUUGAACAAUGUGGUAAGAUGCCCAAAAAACGAAAAGGUGUUGACUGUUACGGGAGAUCUGUCUUCCGUUUUCUUGGUGGACCCCACCUCUUCCAACUCCAAGAUUGCAACUAUUAAGACAAAGCAUGACUCAGGAUUUGGUAUGUCAUAUCACCCAAAUGGAACCACAUUUGCCGUUUCCUUCCAAGAUGGCUCUUGCUUGUUGUAUGACAUUCGAAAUUUACCGAAACUGGGUGCUGGAAACAAGAAAGACUCUGAGGCUCUUUUAGAGUUUAAGUCAACAAGAGCGGGACACCAGAAUGGAGCGUUCAGGUGCUGCAAGUUUUCCCAGACGGGUUUGAACGACUUGUUAGUUAUAUCUGAGCAUGUAGGAAGAGUGCAUUUGAUCGAUUUACAGAAGGCUUCCUCCAGCUCAACUACUUCUUCUGCAGGACACCAAGUUAUGGUUUUGCCAUAUGCCUUGGACCAAUAUAGUAAUUUUAAGAGACAGAAAAUCAGCGGGGAGCAUCUGUCUGACAAGAACGUAGAAAGAGAAAAGGACGAUGAAGGAACGUCGACUCAUUACAAGAUCCCAAUAUACGAGGAUAGUGAUAUAAUGGAAGACUUCCCAGCACCAUUGGUGUAUGACUAUGAUUACCUUGUCGAUGUUAAUCCACACAUAUUCAAGGAUUAUUCAUUCCAACCGGAUAGCGAGGAGUUUGGAAAACGACCUUACUUACCGUCACCGGAGGUAAACAUCCCGAAUCAAAAUCAUAUGUAUUCUGGUGGUAUGGGAUCAGGGAUGGUUAGUGAAGAUGAUUACGAUUUCUACAAUGAAUCAUCGCCAAGAUCAUCUGGUGGUGAUAGGAGUGGUUUAGAUAUUUUGUCUUAUCCAGGGCAUGACCACAUAACAGCUAAUGCUAGCCAAAUCAAUGGAGAGAUCAAUUUAUCAGGAAUAGAUUGGUACGGAGAGAAAUUACUAGUAGGGUGCCAAGAUGGGGGGAUUUUGACAUGGGAUAUGAAUACAAGGGGCAGAAAUUGUUCAGGGAACUUUUCCUAUGCAUAG